AUGGCAAACACUCCUACUCUUAGGCGUCAUGAAUUGGCCUUGGCAAUGUUGUUGAUCGUUGGAAUGCAUAUUCUGGGCAACCAAAAGGUGGCAGCCUCAUGCAAAGAUACUAUUACUUCUCUCGUAUCCAAAUGCUCCCCAUUCGUUCGAAUUCCAGGCCCAAGAGUCCUGCCCUCUGACGCUUGUUGUCAAGCGGCGAAACAAGUCACAGUAGGAGACAUUCCUUGUGUGUGCAAGCUUGUUACCCCAGCUUUGCAAAAGGUGAUUAGCAUGGACAAGGCGGUCUUUGUUGCACGAACUUGUGGCCUCACUAUCCCCCCAGGAACUGUAUGUGGAAGUUACACCGUUCCUCCUAAUUUUGUUUGA